AGAUGCUUCCGCCCAGUCUGUGCCUGUUCCGCCCGCCUUGCCAUAUCGCGAUCCCGCCCUGAUCCCGCCAUUCGCUGCCGGGUACGCGCAUGCCAUGUGGGCCCGCCAUGGUCUGGACGACCGCGACUCCGCGAACGCGAGGCAGCGCGUCGCGUUACUGUUGCCGCGUUAGUGGUUGGCGGCUCGCGAGGGCCCGGCGGGGCCGCGCCGGCUAUCGACAUCACUGUCCACACCUCCGAGGAUCUCUCUGCUCACAAAGGAAGGGACAUCUCCGAGAAGGGUGGAAUAUCGAAAUUGAUGGGUGCGGUUACGUCCGCGCGGGAGCACGUUCGGUGCGGAUAGACUUGGCGAUGGGUGGUCGCUCUGCAGGUGCGCAUGCCAUAAACUUUUACCGUCCAGCCCGAGCAUUUGGUGGGGCUGGUCUAGAUCCUGAUCUUGUGGCACGCCUACUAGCAAUCGAGCUACCGGCUCGCGCCGGUCGAUCACUCCGUCGCUGCAAACUGCGGUACGUCACGCGUAAUAAUCGCGGAAAAUGUCAAUGCACCUUCAUGUUUGUCGUGCUCAGUCUGCAGGCUCCGGAGUGCGCUUCAAGUUGCGUCCUAUCUGUACGUACAGUACUAUGCGACCUACUAAUUGCAGGUCUUAUCGCUGCAAUGCCGCCGGACUCAAGGCGCUCCGUAUGUUCACAAACGCGUCUAUACGUAUACAGCAUCCCGAAAACAGUACGAGGACAAUAGUCUCCGAGGCCUGCUGCACACCUGAAGAUUGCUGAGUCGCUCUUUACGUUGAUCGAAUUGCAAUGUUUUGAUGCAGCACUCUCAUGCUGUUGCUAUUUUCAUGCCAGCCCUUGUCAUUGCAGGCAACUAGUG